UCUCAGCGAGUCUGAUGGCAGAAACUAACAGUACUGGCGAUGCAGAGCACAUUAUAUGCAAUUAUGACGCAAAUAUUUAUCAUUGCAAUCAGUCGGAUCAGAGAUUUCAGAGCCUCGCUCCUCUGACCGACACGUGGCUCGUCCCGGUGUUUUUCACACUCAUCAUGUUUGUGGGUUUGGUGGGUAACCUAAUAGUCAUCUAUGUAGUGAUUAAAAACCAGCAGAUGAAGACGGUUACAAACCUCUACAUAGUUAAUCUUGCCACCACAGAUAUACUUUUCCUGGUUUGCUGCGUUCCCUUCACUGCCACUGUGUACGUUCUUCCUAGCUGGAUAUUUGGGGAUUUUAUGUGUCGCCUGGUCAAUUAUCUGCAACAGGUAACGGCUCAGGCGACCUGUAUCACUCUGUCUGCGAUGAGUGUGGACCGUUUUUACGUGACCGUGUACCCGCUGCAGUCGCUCCAUCACCGAACUCCACAGAUGGCUCUGUCUGUAUGCACCACUAUCUGGAUAUGUUCUUCGCUGCUCUCGGUGCCGAUUGCGUUGUAUCAGCACACAGAGUCUUCAUUCUGGUUCGGCCCACAGACGUACUGCACAGAGACCUUUCCUUCAGUCAUUCAUAAGAGAGCUUAUCUCCUUUACUCCUUCCUGGCUGUUUACCUGCUUCCUCUGAUCACCAUCUGCAUGUGUUAUACCUUCAUGCUGAAGCGCAUGGCGCAGGCCACUGUCCAACCUGUUCAUGGCUGUAACCAGAUUAGUCUACAGACGUCAGCGGAGCGUGUUGAAGCCGUGCGCAGCCGUGUCUCCAGGAUGGUGGUGGUGAUGGUGCUGCUGUUCCUGCUCUGCUGGGGUCCCAUCCAGAUCCUGAUCCUCCUGCAGGCCUUCUGUGCUGAAGAAGUGAGCCGCAGCUACACGCUCUACAAGCUGAAGAUCUGGGCUCACGGCAUGUCCUACUCCAACUCCUCCAUCAACCCCGUCAUCUACGCCUUCAUGGGGGCCAACUUCAGAAAGGCCUUCAGAAGUGUGUGUCCUCUGAUCUUCAAAAGGAGGAGCACUGAGCCGCUCGCCACAUAUAACAGAGAGAUGAACUUUCUUUCAUCCUGACCUCCGCUGGAGUGCUUAUGGAGUGUUAGAGAGUUGAAAGUUGAAAUGGAUUGCAUUGAGAGCUCUAGAAUGUAGAAGUACGCUAAUUUGUGCGAUUGUUUUAGAGCUUCUGAUUCAGUCGCCUAUGGGAGAAAUGACCAAGUAUAAUAAACGUCAGAAAACGGUCAAGCUAGCUCUACAAACAAGUGUGUUUAUGACUAGACAUAAAAAGGAGAAUAAUAUAAUACAAAAACAAUCCGUUUGCAACGUCAAGUAGCAGAACGAGCUGUUUUUAACAUCCAAAAAUCAAUGGAAGUGAAUGAAAGCGGAAGUCUCCAGCUGUUAGAUUUUGCUGUAUUUGGCUUAACCGUUCUUGGGUGGCUCGCCAAUGUAUUAGAUGACUCUAAUACACACAAUAGGUAAGCUAACCAAAGUUCUUAUGGGCAGAAGACUUUAUUGAAGACAGUGAGUAGUGCAGUU